AUCACGAGUGAGCACUGAGCAGCCGCAGAUCUUUCCGAGAGCAGCACCAACACAUCAUGGCUGACGUAACAGCGGCGGACGGCGAUAAACUCAGCAAAAAAUUACCCUGCUGACUGUGGUGGCUCAGCAUGCUGUGCCUUGUCAGGGCAGCCAGGCAGCAGCUGUGCCAGGCCCGUGGGGUCAGGGGGCAGUGGUAUAAACAUGCCCUUCCAUGCACAGCUGCCGUCCCAGCCCAUAUAUACGGGAACCGUUGGAGAGGUGACAAAAGUGAGCUGAAGAGAAGAUUAAAAGCGGAGAAGAAAGCUAUUGAGAAAGAAGCCAAAGCCAAAGAGCAACUUGAGCAAAAGAAGGAAUCUAAUAACUGUGGACCAUCGGACACUGCCGCUUUGGAUGAGGAGACGCUUGACCCAAACCAAUACUUCAAGAUCCGCUCCCAGGCUAUUCAUGAGCUCAAGGGCACCGCUGAGGACCCAUAUCCACACAAGUAUCAUGUUGACUUGUCACUCACGGAAUUCAUUGAGCGGUAUAACCAUCUACAGCCAGGAGACCAGCUAACAGAUGUUGUUCUCAAUUUGUCAGGUCGCAUCCAUGCCAAGAGGGCUUCUGGUGCCAAGCUGCUGUUCUACGACAUGCGAGGCGAGGGCACCAAGUUGCAAGUUAUGGCAAACUCAAGGAAUUACAAGUCUGAGGAAGACUUUGUGGCCAUCAACAACAAACUCAGGCGGGGCGACAUUAUCGGUGUCCGUGGACACCCAGGGAAGACUAAAAAAGGGGAGUUGUCCAUCAUUCCCAUCGAGAUGACUCUGCUGUCGCCUUGUCUACACAUGCUGCCUCACCUCCAUUUUGGGCUCAAAGACAAGGAAACCAGAUUCCGUCAGCGCUACUUGGAUCUCAUCCUAAAUGACUAUGUGAGGCAGAAGUUUGUAACUCGAGCCAAAAUCAUCACAUACUUACGCAGCUUCCUGGACCAACUAGGAUUUUUAGAGAUUGAGACACCAAUGAUGAACCUAAUUCCUGGUGGAGCAGUGGCCCGUCCAUUUGUAACUUACCACAAUGAGCUGGAUAUGAACCUGUACAUGAGGAUUGCUCCCGAGCUCUACCACAAGAUGCUUGUAGUGGGUGGGAUGGAUCGGGUGUAUGAGAUCGGCCGUCAGUUCAGGAAUGAAGGCAUUGAUCUCACUCACAACCCAGAGUUCACCACCUGUGAAUUCUACAUGGCAUAUGCAGACUACCAUGACUUGAUGGAGAUCACGGAGAAACUUCUGUCUGGCAUGGUGAAACACAUCACUGGAGGAUACAAGGUGACUUAUCACCCUGAUGGUCCGGAAGGACAAGCCUAUGAGAUUGACUUCACCCCACCGUUUAGAAGAGUGAGCAUGACACACGACCUUGAGAAGUUAAUGGGAGUCAAAUUUCCUCCCACUGACCAAUACGACAGUGAGGAGACACGUAAAUUCUUCGAUGACCUGUGUGCCCAGAAGGGAGUUGAAUGUCCUCCACCCAGAACCACUGCCCGUCUCCUGGACAAGCUUGUGGGAGAUUUCCUGGAGGUCACCUGUAUAAACCCCACAUUCAUCUGUGAUCACCCCCAAAUCAUGAGCCCCUUGGCAAAAUGGCAUCGGUCACAGAAAGGCCUAACGGAGCGCUUUGAGCUCUUUGUGAUGAAGAAGGAAAUCUGCAACGCCUAUACAGAGUUGAAUGACCCCAUCAGGCAGAGGGAGCUUUUUGAGCAGCAAGCCAAGGCCAAGGCCGAGGGUGAUGAUGAGGCCAUGUUUAUUGACGAGACCUUCUGCACAGCACUGGAAUAUGGUCUUCCUCCAACAGCCGGCUGGGGAAUGGGCAUUGACCGUCUCACCAUGUUUCUCACCAAUUCCAACAACAUCAAGGAGGUGUUGCUCUUCCCAGCCAUGAAGCCUGAUGACAACAAGACAACGGUUCCCGAUGAGGGGACCUCUGUCUAAUGUAGUGACCUCUGACCUUCAUCUCGGAGCAGGAGUUUUUUUUUUAGGGAAGGAACCUUUUGUGGUCAUUGGUGAAAUAGGUCUGCUUUUGUUUUGUUUUUUUAAUCUGUCCAAAGUUCGGUUACUCAAUUACUGAUCUCUUAUUGUGAGGCUAAAUGUUUAAAUCAUGACAAAUACUGUUUGUAUUUUCUACAAGCUUUUUGAUCAUAUAUGUUAGGGUCCUGCUUGUUUGACAGCAAGUAGACAUUUUAAUAGUCAUUGUCAACCAGACACGAAAUGAAUGGUUGUGGUUGAUCUGCCACUCACCCACUAUGAACACACCCACUGUCAAUUAUUUUGUCCAUUAUUCUGAAAUGCUUUAGCCUUCUCGAAAAUACAAAAAAGUAGUUUGAUGUUGACAAAUAUCUGGAGUUGAUUGACAUCAGUAUAAAACUCAAGCACCUGUAAUGUCAAUCUUCAUAGUACUGCCACCCAGUUGUUAUACGCUUCUAUUCUGUCAGUGAUGGACUCCAAAAUGUUCUCCUGUACAUCUAAAUAAAUCUCAUAUGAAUCUGAA